AUGUCGUCGCGGCGUCCUCCCGCGCCGAGCGGCCCCGCCGGCGUUCGCAACGCGUACGCGUCGCACGUCGACGGCGCGGCCGGGCACUAUCGCGACGCGGGCGCGUCGUACGCUAAUCCGCACGAGCCCGGCGUGCGCGAGAUGCUCCGCGCGGCGGUGGAGGCGUGGCCGACGCUGUGGGCGCCGCGCGGCGGCGGCGACGACGACGCUCUCGCUGCGGAUGAUGGGGAAAGUAACGCCGAAACCGCGAGCGUUUCCGUUUCGUCCGACAGGAUCCUGGACCUCUCCUGCGGCAGCGGCGAGGUCACCCUCGCGCUCCGCGACGCCGGCGUCUCGGUCCACCGCGUCGACGCGUGCGACCCGUACACGUCCGAGGCUUUCGCGCGCCGCGUCGGCGCCGCCGUUCCGUUCUACCCGUGGAGUUUCGAAGACAUCGCGUGCGGGGGCGUCCUGGAGGGGAGGCGGUGGCGCGUCGUCGUGUGCAGCUUCGCGAUGCAUCUGUGUCCGCCGUCGUACUUGCGGCUGCUGUGCGCCGCGCUCGCGGCGGCGACGGACGAGCUGAUCGUGCUGACGCCGCACAAGAACCCGCACAUUCCGCCCGAGUUCGGUUGGACGCUCGCGAGAGAGGCGAAGGCGCGUUCUAUACACUGGUCCCCAUACGACCGCGUUCGCGUGGUGAACGCCGUUUCUUAA